AUGGCACCACAACUAGAGCCUUAUUUCAAGAAAGUGGAUGAGCUCGCCGAAUCUUUCAUUGAUCGACUGCGAAAGGCCGUAGCUAUCCCUUCCGUGUCGGCAGAUGAGGAAAGAAGAAAGGAUGUCGUCCGAAUGGGACAAUUCCUGGCUUCCGAACUCGAAUCUCUGGGGGCAGAGGUGCAACAACGCCCGCUAGGGAAACAACCAGGCAAAGAACAUCUCGACCUUCCUCCGGUCAUUAUCGCCCGCUACGGAAAUGACAAGAACAAGCGCACCAUUUUGGUUUACGGACACUAUGAUGUUCAACCCGCCCUUGUUGAGGACGGAUGGGCCACCAAGCCCUUCGAGUUGACCAUCGAUGACAAGGGACGCAUGUACGGCCGUGGCAGCACGGACGACAAAGGUCCCGUCUUGGGCUGGCUGAACGCCAUCGAGGCCCACCAGAAGGCCGGUGUCGACUUCCCCGUCAAUCUGCUGUGCUGCUUCGAGGGGAUGGAAGAGUACGGCUCCGAAGGCCUCGACGACUUCAUCAACGCCGAAGCCAAAAAGUUCUUCAAAGACGCCGAUGCCGUCUGCAUCUCGGACAACUACUGGCUGGGGACAGAAAAGCCCUGCCUCACUUACGGUCUACGAGGAUGCAAUUAUUACUCCAUCUCCAUCUCCGGACCAGGACAGGAUCUCCAUUCGGGAGUGUUUGGCGGCACGGCCCAAGAGCCCAUGACCGACCUGACACACAUUCUAAGCAAACUCGUGGAUAGCCACGGGAAGAUCCUGAUCCCUGGCAUCAACGAAAUGGUCGCUCCGCUGACCGAGGAAGAAAAAGCCCUCUACGGACCCAUCGCCUACACCAUGGACAAUCUGUACGAAUCCCUGGGCUCCGAGACUUCCAUCUUCUCCGACAAGGAAAACACCCUGAUGGCCCGCUGGCGAUACCCGUCCCUCUCCAUCCACGGCGUCGAAGGUGCCUUCUCGGCGCCCGGAGCCAAGACGGUCAUCCCGGCCAAAGUCAUUGGCAAAUUCUCCAUCCGCACCGUCCCAGACAUGGAAUCCUCCAAGGUCAACGAGCUCGUCUACAAGUACAUCCGCGACGAGUUCGCCAAGCUCAACUCGAAAAACACCCUCGACGUGUACUGCCAGCACGACGGCAAAUGGUGGGUCGCCUCUCCCAAGCACUGGAACUUCACCGCCGCGGCCAAGGCGGUCAAGGAGGUCUUUGGCGUCGAGCCUGACAUGACCCGGGAAGGAGGCUCGAUUCCUGUGACCAUCACCUUCGAGCAGGCCACGGGCAAGAACGUCCUCUUGCUACCCAUGGGCAGUUCCACGGAUGCCGCCCACAGCAUCAACGAGAAGCUGGACCGGAGGAACUACAUCGAGGGAACAAAGCUUCUCGGUGCGUAUCUGCACUAUGUGGCGGAAGAGCCGAUGGUGGAGGCCAAGUAA